UGUAAGAGAAAAGCUUAUCAGUAAAUUAAGGACGUGUGUACCUUAUCUUACCUGAAACGUCCAGACUUAGGUUCCUAGUAACCGUGAUGAUGUUUGUCCGGACGAUCCUUGUCUUCGUGGUCAGCGCCCUCUGUGUCAAAUCUGAAUACACUGAUCCUCACUGCUCUGGAAAACAGGUAAUCGUACACCUGUUUGAGUGGAAAUGGACGGACAUCGCAGACGAGUGCGAACGGUUCCUGUCAAAGAAAGGCUACUGUGGAGUACAGGUGUCUCCAGCUAAUGAGUAUGCCGUGAUAGACCAGCGCCCUUGGUGGGAACGCUACCAACCGGUUAGUUACAAGAUUGACACGCGCAGUGGGAACGAGGCUCAGUUCAAGGACAUGGUAACUCGCUGUAAAAACGUAGGAGUCAGGAUUUAUGUCGAUGCUGUCGUAAACCACAUGGCGGGUCUCGGAAGGACCGGAACCGGAACUGGUGGUUCUCAUUUCGACUCGGAUAAUUUCGACUUCCCUGGCGUACCGUACCGUCGGGAACACUUCAAUCCAAGAAGCAAGUGUCCUUCCGGAAGCGGAAAUGUCGAUAACUACGGCGAUCCGAAUAACAUCAGAAACUGUUUCCUGGUGGGUCUUACAGAUCUGAAUCAGAACUUAGAAUAUGUUCGUGACAAAAUAGCGGGUUACUUCAAUAAACUAAUCGCUAUAGGGGUGGCAGGCUUCAGGAUGGACGCUUCAAAGCACAUGUGGCCCGCUGACCUCAAGGCGAUCGAGGAGAGAACAAACGAGCUACCGGAAGGCGGGAAACCAUUCUUUUAUCACGAGGUCAUAGACCAGAAUGAUGGCGCGGUGAAGGUCACAGAGUACGAGCCGUACGGGUACGUCACGGAAAUGCGGUAUUGCCAGAAAAUCGCUUGGGGAAUCAAUAAUUUCGGUCAGCUCAACAAUGUUGUCGAUUACGGUUGGGGAAUGACUGACUCCGCGCAUGCGUUUAUAUUUGUUGAUAACCAUGACAACCAGAGAGGUCAUGGCGGCGGAGGAAAUCUCGUCACACACAAACAACCACGAAGCUACAAGCUGGCUCAGGCGUUUACGUUGGCCUAUAACUACGGUUUCCCACGCGUCAUGAGCAGUUACUUUUUCCAGAGCACGGAUCAAGGACCACCUCACAAUGGCGAUUUCUCUAUAAAAGACGUGACCAUCGGAAGUGACGGGUCGUGCGGAAAUGGCUGGGUAUGUGAACAUAGAUGGCCGGCAAUUGCAAAUAUGGUUGGGUUUCGCAACGCUGUAGCGGGAACAGAUCUUAACCACUGGCGAAACGAAGAGGACGAGGUUUCCUUCAGCAGGGGGAAUAAAGGCUUCUUUGCCAUGGCCAAGCAAGGGCACAUGGAUGUGACGCUACAGACGGGACUUCCAGCUGGACAGUAUUGUGACCUCAUCACCGACUGUAAGACCAAGGUCACGGUCGACGGAAGUGGGAACGCCCACAUCGUUAUCAGUGACAACGAAAAUCCAAUCCUUGCAUUCCUCGUUGGUGGUCCUUCUGGACCUACAAACACGCACGGAUCAUCCGGUGGCACAUCUGGUGGUACGUCAGGUGGCACAUCCGGUGUCACAUCCGGUCCUGUUGUAACUUCCGGUCCUGUUGUAACUUCCGGUCCUGCUCCUACUGGAUGGGCGAGGACUGUGAUCAUGAUACAAGCCCAGACCAGAGCUGGACAGGACGUUUUUAUUCGAGGAGGAAUCGACCAUGGCCAUCGAAAUGGUUGUACAAACCAGGCGUCCUCUAGCGCAUGUGCUAUUCCAAUCAAAAGUCACGAAAUCGGUACGGGCAGCCAUUAUGCCGGAUAUGACGCAUGGCGACAAGGCGAUGACUUCCUGGACUGGUAUGGGCCAGAACCGGGUCAAGGGUCAUUUCACGGAGCACCAGCCAAGGGCACGCCUGCCGUGUGGACAACCAACCAGCCUGGUGGCCAUGGCUACACACCCUUGAAUACGUAUGGCGAGCACUAUUGGUUGGUAGAUGUAGACAUGGACUGCUCCAAGACGGAGAACGGCUGGUUCGAAAUCAAGGCUCUCAUCAACGACAACUGGGAGCACGACAUGCCCGUGACCGGAUGUGGAACUGAGACGGCCCCUUACGCCUCCAAUAAUCAUUGGGUAAAAUGUGGUUCCAAAAACGUUCUACACUUCAACAGCGGCAGUUGUGAAAUAUCUCCUAUCAGUAAUUAAUGAAUCAUUAAAAUGUUCCAGACUUAA